GAGAGAGAGAGAGAGAGAGAGAGGGUUAUUUAUAUCCGCAUAGGUUUCCGUCAACCAACGUCACUUGGUCAGAGCUUCCAGUCUCUUCGAGGGGCAUCCUAUUUCGAGUGAAGUUGAAGCUGCUGCUUCUCGGUAACCUCUCUACCUCGCGAUCAGAAGCGACCAAUCCAACCAACAUACCCACAACUCCGCAAAGAUGAGCUCAACGGGCGGCAACUACGGUUCCGUCACCAAUUCGGUGCCGGUCGUGAACGGCGACUCGCACGCCCACGCCGAUGAAGAGCAGCCUCUCCUAGGCGGAGGCAACGGCGCCCGGAAACCGGCCUCCAAGUCUCUGCGGAAAAAGCUCACCACGGACGUCCAGCGCGACUGGGUCGAUUUGGUCCUUUUGGCGUGCUAUAUCAUCACCGGCCUGCUCGACAGCUCUUCCAUCUCCAUCUGGGGUUCCUUUGUGUCUAUGCAAACAGGAAAUACAGUCUACAUCGGCCUCGGCCUCGCCGCGCCCACCGAAUCCACCCGCUGGAUCAAAUCCGCCACCUCACUCAUCUCCUUCUGCCUCGGCUCCUUCUUCUUCAGCCGUUUCCACCGCUUCUUCUCUCCCAAGAAGCGCUGGGUCCUCUGCGCGUCCUUCAUCGCCCAGACGAUCCUUUGCGUCGCUGCCGCCGUCAUCCUGACUGUUGGCCCUACGGCCGGCAAGGACGAGAUCGCAUGGAACGUCCUGGUGCCUAUCGCCCUGAUCGCCUUCCAGAGCUGCGGCCAGGCCGUCACGAGCCGUGCACUCAAGUACAACGCCCUCACGAGUGUUGUGUUGACGAGUAUCUACUGCGAUCUGUUCUCCGACGCUGAGCUUUUCAGCGUUCGCAACGCUGAGCGGAACCGAAGGGUCGGCGCGCCCGUCUUGCUUCUUAUCGGUGCUAUCUGCGGUGGCUUGUUUGCGCACAGUUCCCUGGGGAUUGCUGGUGCUCUAUGGACGGCGGCUUUCUUGAAGUUUCUCAUCGUCUUGUCGUGGUUCCUCUGGCCUGGUGAACCUUCGGAUGAAGAGUAGAUGUGAUGCAAUACGAGUAUCCUAUUACGCAAGUAUCGGAGAAUUGGUCAUUCUCGGUUGUGGCCUAGAGACUUGUCAAGUCACAGCAGCGUUCAGUUGCAGAUAGAUAAGUAGGGCGAAUGAGGUCCCACGUCCAAACAGAUGAGGCUUGGCGAAGGGGAAAUCCAGACCAUCCAAUUUCACAUAUUUGUCGCUUAGAUCACAGUCAAGAUAAUCCUUUAUCGUGUCACUGAGGUACCUACAGUAUAUAUACUUAGUACCUAAAUACUGCACUGAUAUAGUCACUUCAGGUACUACCCGUAGAAGCGCGGCUGUGAUUAUGUCGCAACGACAUGAUUGCCAAGCGAAAGCAUGAACAAGGAUUGAUUUAGCC